AUGAUUAUCACUAAGACCUUUGCCCUUUUUUUGACAAUAUAUUUUAAACUAAAUCAAGCAGCAACAGGAAUUAGACAAGAGCGAAGUUCACAAGCCCCAGACUUCAAUGUAGUACAGAGAUCUACUGAUGACACUGUAAAAGUAAAUCCAGGAAUAGUUAAUGUAUGGACCUCACCCGAUGAAUCAAAUGGACAACAUUUUGCAAACUCAUGCCAAUACGGCAACACCUGCCUUAUGAAUAAAGCACCAACUCCACAAGCAAACCCAAUUGAAAGAAGAAAUUCUUUUAAUGGCGGAUUGCAUUCCAGAAAACGCACAGGUCAUCCACACGAAGGAAAAAAUGAACAACUUGGACCAUGCUUGGGGCUAGAGAAGCAAGACAAGGUCGGCUUACAAUCUAUACACACUAAGCUAUACUUGGCUUCAUGUGAGGACUGCGUUAAUGCCAAAUACAGAAACAUGGCUAUGGUAUACAGGUCAUACGGUGGCGACGAAGGAAUGUGGAAGCUAACUCCUGAAGGAGCCAGAUGCACUAUUAAAAACAUCAAAACAGGUAUGUAUCUAAGCAGAUGCUCGAACUGCACAUCAGAAGUCUCUAACUUACCUCUUGUAUCGCUCUACCGAGACACCAUAAACGAAGGAACAAAUGAUGAAAUGUGGAUUCUUGAAAGACAUUCUGAAAAAACCUAUGGAUUUAAGUCUGCCAGCUCUGGUGAGUAUUUGGGUGUCUGUCCAAACUGUCUCACUAGCAACAGUACAGUUACAGACCCUGGCGCUCUUUUCAAAACAGAUCGUGAUAAUAGCUUUGUUGUAUGGGGGGUAAAUAUAGAUGUUCCCGAAGAAGCAAUCCUUUAA